GCCGGCCCUCAAGAGGGCGACGAGGAAGCGGCCGCCUCCCUGCGUCCCGCCCCUCGGGCUCGCUUGCUAGCUCCCGGCUCCUCCCGGCCCUCUCCCGGCUCCCUCCGGCUCCGGCUCCGGCGCGGCGGCGGCGGCGGCGGGCAGUUGCAGUGGUGCAGAAUGGCUGACCUCAGUCUUGCAGAUGCGUUAACAGAGCCGUCUCCAGAAAUUGAGGAGGAGAUAAAACGGGACUUUAUUGCCACACUGGAGGCAGAGGCCUUUGAUGAUGUUGUGGGAGAAACUGUUGGAAAAACAGACUAUAUUCCUCUCCUGGAUGUUGAUGAAAAAACCGGGAGUUCGGAGUCAAAGAAGAAACCAUGCUCAGACACUAGCCAGGUUGAAGGUACUCCAUCUUCUCAAGCCGCGGUGCUCGCUAAUGGUGACCACGGAAUAGGACGGAAUGAUGUCACUGGGUUUCCAACUGAAUUCCUUGAAGAGAAGAUGGCCUACCAGGGAUAUCAGAACAGCCAGAACUGGCCAGAAAAUACAAACUUUUGCUUUGAACCCGAGCACAUGGUAAAUCCUACCCAGACUGAUCCCUUUAAGAUGCACCAUGAUGAUGGCCUAGAAGAUUCGCUCUUUCUCCCCAGUGGAACAACCAAUACUUCAGCAUUUGUAGAACAAAAUGAUCCCCUGAAAGACACUUAUGGUAUGUUACCCUGCGACACAUUUGCUCCUGCAGCUGUUGUUCCUCAGGGGUGGUCUGCGGAAGCCCCCAACCCUGCACACUUGGAAUCCUUCACUUCCCCCGAGGCCAUUCCACAGCCUCUGCAGCCAACAGCAGAGCCAGCUGAGAAAGUAGAAAUGGCAUCAGGGGAAGAGAGAGCACCAGCAGAAGCAUUGGAGAUGAUGAUGAAACUGCAGGCUGCUGACAUGGCACCAUCUCGAGAAGCAGAGAUGGUCCUGGCUAAAGAUGUGGUGCCAGCCACAGAGACAGAGGUGGCAUUGGCUAAAGACAUGGAAUCACCUACCAAACCAGAUGAGGCACUGGUCAAGGACGUGGAAUCAUCCAUCGAAUCAGAUAUGGCCUUAGUCAAGGAUGUGGUACUGCCUGUACAAACAGAGGAAACCGCAGUUAAGGAUGUCAUACUGCCCACAGAAACAGAUGUGUCUUUGGACAAGGACCUGGCACUGUCCACAGAAACAGAGGUAUCCACAGCCCAGGACAUACUACUAUUCAAAGAAACAGAGAGCACACCACCUGUUACAAUGGAUUUGGCCUCAGCUGAGGGCACAGUCCCACCUACAGACCAAGAGAUGACCCCAGUCAAGGGUGCAGUAUCACUCUCAGAGAUAGAAGCACCCCUGGAUGAGGACAUUGUGUUAUCCACAGAAAUAUGCUCAGCCAAAGAGAUAGCCCUGUCCUCAGAAACAGAGGUGGCCCUGAUCAGGGAAAUGGGACUACCCCCAGAAACAGAGGCCAGUCUAGACAAGGACAUGGCUGCACCUCCAGAAACAGAAGUCAUCGUGCCAGUCAAAGAUAUGGCUCCAUCCCCAGGAAUAGAGACGACCCUGGCCAAGGACGUGGCUCCACGUCAAGAAAUAGAGGUGACCCUGGGCAAGGAUACGGUUUCACUUCCAGCAACAGAGAUGGCCCUAGGCAGGAAUGUGGCUCUGCCCCCAGAAACAGAGGUGACCCUGGCAAAGGAUGUUGCUCAGCCCCCUGAAACGGAGGUGAACCUGGCCAACGAUGCGGCUCUGGCCAAAUUCUCAGAAGCAGAGGUGGUACCAGUUCCUGUUAAGGACAUGGAAACUGCAUGGACCCAGGAAGCAACAAGUGAGGAUUCCCAGUUAAAAUCUCUCCAGGAUGAGGGACAGUCAGCUGUACCUCUCAUGACUUCACCAGAAGCAGUUGUGGCCAUGGGCCAAAAGCACAGCUUGCCAACAGAUGAGGAUUCUGUGUUAGAAGAACUAGAGCAAAAGAAACCAUCUAGUCAAACUUCUGAGCUUCCCUCGGAGACUUCAGGUACCCCUCCCACACAAGCCAAACCAGCGUGCAGACCCAGUGACCGCAGGUCCGCCCGGCCCACCCGGCCCAGGCCUUCCAGGGUCCCUCCUGAGCUGCUGGGAGGCUCUUCUCCAUGGAAGACUCUUGAUCCUGGGCUGGGCCCUUGCCCUUUGUCUGAGCUGGGUUGGGUUUCUGGUUCGUCUUCCUGUGGUGAGCCUGGGAACCAGAGGAAAACUAUUCAUGGUGACUUCCUUGAACCUCAGAGAGAUCUUGGCAGGGAGGCCUGGGAUAUAGAAAGCUCACCAAUGAUGAUGAAGAAAAAAAAGAAGAAACCAAAGCAGAAGAGGUAUUCUCAACCCCGGGCUGGGGGACCUUGGGAUGAUGACAAUGGAGACGAGCCUAGAGGUUAUUCCUUUGCCACUGACUCAGAAAAGUCAGUUGUGCCCCCCAGCCAGCCCACCACUGGGGGCACAGAACAUGGACUAGUGUCCAGAGAAGACUUGAAAGGGGCAUGUGAAACUGAUUCCAGAGAAGCCAAACUGGUGGCUGAGAGCUUUGUCUCAGACAGUCUAAGUAUUCCUUCACGUCCUUUGGAAGAAGCCCCGAAAACUACGGUAAAUUCUCAGCCCAAACAGAGAGUUGAGGCACAGGUGAAAGGUAACAAGUCAGCACCACAGGGUCGGGACAAGAAAUUGCUGCAAGAUGAGUGCACACUGCAGGCUGCACCCCACCUCCAGACGGCUGCAGAUGAAAGCCAGACAGUCAGCUCCCUCAGUCUGAAAGGACCCCUGACAGAGGUUUCUUCACACAAAGUAGAAAUUCCUUUGGAGGUCAGACCCAAAGAGGGUUGCACUCCCAUCAUGAACCAAGAGGCUGUGGGUGGAGUUUCAAAACCCAGUCCAGCAAAAGAACUGCCUGCUUCCAUAUCCACUGUGACAGCAGGUGAUCCAUUAGGAAAUAGUCUAAAAGAAGGGAAUGAUGAAAGUAAAAUGACUGAACUGCAGAAUGACAAACAGAAAGAGUUUUCUGAAGGAGCUGAAGAGGUUAAAGAACUAAAAAAGGAAAGUGUUCCCAAGCAAAGACAUGAGAACAGCAUCUCGGCUUCUGAGCAGCUGCAGGACAUGGUGUUAGCUCAGGCCCCUGGACUAGGGAAUGAACCGUUUAAGAGGAUGGCAGGUGAUGGAAAAAGCAGGAAGGGGAGGACAAGUUCUGGGAAGAUGAGAGCAAGUUCUGGGAAGGUGAGAGCAAAGUCUGAGCCACCAUUCCUUGCAGAUAGCCAGGACAGCAGAGCUGUCUUUGUGCCAAGUGGGAGGAUGGCUACUGGGGAUAAAAGGGAGGAGUUGGGGCUGGAUUCUUCAAAGCAGCCAGGGACUGUGGCUGCGCUCACUGAAGCAGUAGUGAUGGGGGAACCUAAGGAGAUGACGGACCCUAGGGUGGCAGGCACCUUGCAGGCAUUGAUUCCUUUGGGAAACGGGUCAGGCAUGAUUCAGGCUUCCAGUGCUAGAGCAGAAAGAGGCGCUGUAGCCACAGACAUGGGGGUCAGCAACCAGAGCAGGGAGGAAAAGUGUCCUUGGAUGGGUCAUGAGGCAGCUCCUUGGGUUUUUGAAAAGCCUAAAAAAAGAGGCAGUGAAGGCAAAACCAAAAAGUAUAAAAAUAAUUAUUCCACACAGCCUGCUGGAAUGGAGAGGAAGGAAGAAAUCCUUAACCUGCCUUUCGUAAGGAAGGAUGGGGUUACUGAUAGUACUCCCCAUCAAAACAAGGAAUCAGAGCCUACUGUCCCUUUGUGCUCACAUACAUCAGAUACACCCACAGGGGAAACAGAUGACCAAAAGGGUAGAAAUGUUGAGGCUAAUUCUUUUGAACUUGGGGCUCUUGGCGGAAAUAAAACAAACACAGGCAAGGAUUCUCCUAUUACUGAACUGGCUACCAAGAUGACAGACGUGAGUUGCCAAGACCAAAUCCCGGGGGCAGGAUUUGUUCCCUCAGUCCUGGCUGAGGAGAAUAAGACAGAUGUGGCCAAAGGGCACACUGCAGUGGCUGACAAACCAAGUAAAAGGAGUAAUGAUGGAAAAAGCACAAAGACUAAAAAUAGUUUCCCUGAGAAGCACACUCUGGAGAAUAAGAUAGAUGCAACAAAAAUACAUGUUCCCAUGGAAACCAUAGGGGACCACAGAAUUGAAGGAAUGGGCUAUGUGGACGAAAAUAGCAAUAUUACAUUUACCUGCCCCAGAACUCCACCAGGGUUGAUGAAAAAGUCAGUCCCCCUAGAGGCUCAGGAACCAGCAGCCUGUGAAAAACCACCCACUUCUACUUCUCAAGUAGUAAAGGAAAGUGAUUCAUUUCCAGGCACCUUGACAGAAAGUAAGCAAGAAACAGCUCCAGCCCAGAUUCCCAAAUUAUUAGAGGUAGAUAGUUACAGCAAAGAUGGAGUCCCAAAGGAACAAAGACCUGAGGGUCCCUCAGCUGUUAUGCCCUCUAUGAGCACAGGAGGAGUUGCCUCAACUCUGACAGCAGCCAUAGAAACAGUUAACAGUCAUUCUAACUGUCUUCAGGAUAAAGGUGAGCUUGCUGGUGCCAUGAAAAAUGAAGCAGGGAGAGAUGGAGAGCAUGUGAUAGGAGACCCUGAGUCCACGCCCAGUGGUGCCUCAAAGCACUCAGUAGAGGAGACCACAGAGCCGGCAGGGGGACACCUUCUUUCUGGAGUGCUGGUAAACGAACCCAGCCUGGCAGGUGAGGUCAGACGCCUAGAAGCAUGUGCAGAUAGGAGUAAUUUCCCAACAUGUCCAGUAAACAAAGAGUCUGAGCAAGGUUCUGCUCCAGUUUCAAUUCCUCACCUACUGGGAGACAAAGCACAAAAGCCCAGUUUCUGUGAGGACCAAAGUACUGAAGGUAGAGAUUCCAAGGGCCCAGAUAAUUUGAAUAAGGAGGUAGAUAUGACUCUCUCGCUUCCAGAAAGUGAAAAGGAUAAAAAGGAUAAAUUGGAAGAAAUCAGUCUGGAUUCUGACAUCAGAGAAAUGGCAUAUGUUUCCUUGGCACCACCAGAACUCCAGUCAGAUGUCUUAGAUGGCAAAAUUGAAGCGACUUCUUCAACAAUGAUAGAUGAGUUAGUAGUAACUGCUUCCGAAGCGCCUCAACUCCCAGAAUCCAAAGGCAAGAUCUUGGAGGCACCUAAGAAAAUGACAGAAAAAUCUGAAUCAAAGACUCUGGGAGAAGGGAAGAAGGAAGAUAAAAGCAGAGCAGCCGAACCCAUGAAAGGCUACAUGAGACCUACCAAGUCCCGAGGACUGACUCCACUUUUACCAAAAUCUACCAUCCAGGAGCGAGAGCGAUCCAGGCAACUCAAGUCCAGUGGAAUAGCCAAACCAGAAGAAGGACAGCCUACCGGAAGCGUGUCUGGAAAUGACAUCACCGCCCCUCCAAACAAGGAGCUUCCACCAAGCCCAGAGAAGAAAACAAAGCCUUUGGCCACCACUCAACCUGCAAAGACUUCAACAUCGAAAGCCAAAACACAGCCCACUUCUCUCCCUAAGCAGACAGCUCCCACCACCCUUGGUGGGUCGAAUAAAAAACCCAUGAGCCUUGCUUCAGGCUCAGUACCAGCUGCCCCACCCAAACGCCCUGCUGCUGCCACUGCCAGGCCUUCCACCUUACCUUCAAAAGACACGAAGCCCAAGCCUGUUGCAGAGGCAAAGAUUCCUGAGAAGCGGGUCUCUCCAUCCAAGCCAGCCUCUGCCCCAGCUGUCAAACCUGGCUCCAAGAGCACCCAGGCUGUUCCCAAAGCCCCAGCAACUGCGACUCUUGCUUCACCUGGGUCAACCAGUAGGAACCUGUCCACACCCCUGCCCAAGAGGCCCACUGCAAUCAAGACUGAGGGGAAACCUGCAGAGAUCAAGAAGAUGGCUACAAAGUCUGCACCAGCUGACUUGAGUCGCCCAAAGAGCACCACCACAAGUUCUGUGAAGAAGAGCACCACCGUCCCUGGGACAGCACCCCCAGCAGGGGCUCCGAGCAGAGCCAAGCCCACAGCCACGCCUCCCCGGCCCUCCGGGACUCCUCCCGCGGACAAGAAGCCCACAGCAGCCAAGCCCACCUCCUCUGCCCCGAGGCUGGGCCGCGUGGCUGCCAAUGCUUCUGCCCCUGAUCUGAAAAAUGUCCGCUCCAAGGUCGGCUCCACGGAAAACAUCAAGCACCAGCCUGGAGGAGGCCGGGCCAAAGUAGAGAAAAAAACAGAGGCAGCUGCUCCAGCUCGAAAGCCUGAACCUAACGCAGUCACUAAAGCAGCCGGCCCAAUUGGCAAUGCACAGAAACCGCCUACGGGGAAAGUCCAGAUAGUCUCCAAAAAAGUGAGCUACAGCCAUAUUCAGUCCAAGUGUGGUUCCAAGGACAAUAUUAAGCAUGUCCCUGGAGGUGGUAAUGUUCAGAUUCAGAACAAGAAGGUAGACAUCUCCAAGGUCUCCUCCAAGUGUGGGUCAAAGGCUAACAUCAAGCACAAGCCUGGUGGAGGAGAUGUCAAGAUCGAAAGUCAGAAGCUGAACUUCAAAGAAAAGGCCCAGGCAAAGGUGGGAUCCCUCGAUAACGUGGGCCACCUGCCUGCAGGAGGUGCCGUGAAGAUUGAGACCUACAGGCUGACGUUCCGGGCAAACGCCAGGGCCCGCACCGAUCACGGGGCCGACAUUGUCUCCCGCCCGCCUCACUUCCCUGGCGGCCCCAGCUCAGGCAGCCGGGCCCCUAGCUCCCCGCCCCAGGCAGCCCCCCAGCCUGUGGCUCGGACCCUGGGCAGCCCUCUAGGCACCCCCUCCCUCCCUCCCUCGCUUGCCCGGGGCAGCAGCUGUUCCCCCCACGCCCAUGUUCCUUCCACUUCCCGCCCGAGGCCCAGCUCCCUGCUUGGCUCGCAUCCUCACCACUUUGCGCCGCUGCUCCACAGAGAAGGUUGGGUGGAAAAUGGGGUGGGGAAGAAUAAUUUGGGGAUCUCCUGAGACCUGGGGUGUAGGGGUGAGCUGGAUCCCAGCAUCCUCUUCAUUUGUUUGGGUUUUUUGGACCAAACCCAAGAGAAACUGACAUACCUUCCCUCCUCGCUGGUCCAUCCGGAGGGAAGAGUGGAAGCAGACGUCCACAUGAUGGCUGCCAUUAACUGCAUCCCCUGGAGCCUGCUAAGCCACCGCCUCUUCCUUUGACCCUACGAUGGUGCCCGCCGUGCAGGUGGUACCAGGCGCCACUUGCUGCCCUCCCCAAGUUAGUCAGAGGCAGCGCUGCCUGUCCCCGCUCCUCCCCAUACCUGCCUAGCUGCUAUCACACUUUAUCUUUUCUUUUUUAAUAAUCCCUAAAAACCAGUGGAGUAGUUUUGCAGGUUGAAGCCAUGUCUAAAUGAAAGUCCUCAGUAGGUGUUAAAGGAAACAGGGAGGGGAGAUCCUGAAGCCUCCAGCCGGGAGGUCAGGUGUCGGGAGCUGCCCUGGCUUGGGCAGUUCGGGGCCCCAGCCCCAGAGAUGGUGUGGGCAGGGCAGGCGUGGUGUGGGGGCUGUGGGCUGGAGAGCAGGCAGGGACCGCUAGGGGCUGGUCAGUGUGGACUGGUGGUUCUGGCAUUUUUUGUGUAUGCUGCUUUUCUUUUCUAACCAAGAGGCUGGUUUUGGCAUCUGUUUGUCUCAUUCCCUGGGAUCUGGUGGAAGACAUAAAAUUGGGACUGGAGAGGGCCAUGGAGGUCACAUUCCUCCAAGCCUGCAGCCUAGGACACUGCCGGGGAGCCCAAUGUGCCCGGCACGCAUGUGGAUAGUGGGGAAUCAAGGUUGGAAAUUUGGAAAUAAGGACAUGCAAUGGGCCGUCCAGGCUCCCUUGUAGCCUGACUGGAAAGGGGAGAGAGGCGAGGCGAGCCCAGCCUGAGGAGGCGUGUCCCAGUUAGGCCUGGUCUUGGGAUGGCUGCAAUGAUUGGCCCUGGGGAUUAUAUUGACAUGAAGAUUCUUAUUGCACUUGUAUUUUUUUGUAUUAAAGUUUGCAUGGUUUCUAAUAAAGGAUUAAAAUGUAACAGUUUGUAGUGAAAUGGCCUGGGAGUCUCCAAGGCUUCUCCUCUGAAGAGUGUUUUCUGCAGUGCAGACUUGGCCCCUUUACCCUCCCACCUCCUCUUCGGGCGUCCCCUGGCGCUGAGGUGGGGGGCCCUUGAACUAGGCUUCAUGAGGAUUUGAUGUCCGUGUAGAGGGAGGGUGUCUGGGCUGGGAAGGUUCUCCCCGUUUCUGAGGUAGCAUUUUCUCCAGGGAGAUUCAAUACCACAUCCCCAACUCCCCAAGCACUACCAGGGGUAGAAAUUGCAUGGAUCUUGUGGAAAAAGCACUUCCAGAGCCAGAGACCGUCCAGGGUGCUUCAGUAGCGCCAGGGACAUCACGGUGUCUGUGUUUUGUCUGCAGAAAGGGGUGAGGGAACUGGGAGGACACAGCGGGAGGUGGGGUGGCAGUGCUGGGCCUCAAGGUGCCUGCACCCAUGUCGACGCUGAGGUGGGCAAGCUCUGGGUCUCCUUCACGCCUUUGGCCAAAAGCAGGGGUGGGAGAGGUGACCCAGUGGAGGGCCCUUGAGGGGGCGCUGGAGCGGUCAGUGUUCUGAAGGGUGGUCUGGUCAGUUGCCUUGAUAUGGGUCCCACCAGCCAGAGCAGCUGAGAAGGCCGUUCUGACAGGUGGGUCCAGAGGCCCUGCGUGCUCUGCUCUGCAGCCAUCGGGGCGGGGACGUUUCUGUGCUUCCCCAUUUGCUUAUGGCUCAGCCGUUCCUCAUGUCAAUCUGUGAUUCUGUUGUAACGAUUUCCAGAGUAAAUAAAGCUCUUAUGUCCCAAA